CUCUUUCCAAAUUCCAACACAGAAGAAAGAACAGAGGAGAAGAAGAAGAAGAACAGGAAGACGGAAAAUAGACGAUGAUAAUUUCUUCUACUGCUUCUUCCUCCUCCUCCUCCUCCUAUGGUUACAGUUCUUCACCUCUCUGUCGUGAUAGCAAACACGGAAGACUUCUCCGAAAUCCGAUAGCUAAUCGGAGCUAUCACCGUGAAGAUGCCUACAAUGUCAAGCUUUCGUGGCGUCACCUUGUACGAUCGACGCCAUUUCCAUCACUAAGAAGCUUAUCGUCGACGGUGAAGUGUUUGAUGGAGGAGGAGGAAUCAGAGUCCUCUGAGCAGAAACCGGAACCUAUAGGAAUAGGAGCUAAUGUUGAGAAAGAAGAACUAGUAUUCGAGAGACUCUUCUCUAAUCUCAAUCAAGCUACUUUGAAAAGAGAACCUGGAAGCUUCUCAAGUGCGGUCUUUCUCGUCUCCGGCACCACGGUCGGUGCAGGGAUCCUUGCAAUUCCAGCAGUGACGCAAGAAGAAGGUUUUUUGGCCUCUGCUUUGGUUUGCAUUCUUUGCUGGGCUUACAUGGUUGUCACUGGGCUACUAGUCGCUGAAGUCAACAUCAAGACAAUGUGUGAACUGGGUUCUGGUGGUGUGUCAUUGGUAUCUAUGGCCAAGAGGACUCUUGGUUCAACUGGAGUCCAGAUUUCCUGCUGGUCAUACAUCUUCAUUCACUACGCCCUUCUUGUUGCUUAUGUUGCUCGGUCUUCUGACAUACUGACAAACUUUCUUGGAAUUCCACUAUGGGAAAGUGCAACAAUAUUCUCACUGCUUCUUGGGGGUAUCUGUUAUUUUGGAAGCCAACGGCUUAUAGGAGCAUUUAAUGGUGUCCUAGUGCUUGGUAUUAUCGUCUCCUUCACGGCUCUUGUGGUAAUUGCAAGUGGAGAUCUGCAUUGGGAUGCUCUUCUGAAGGCCAACUUUGAGGCAGCUCCACUAAGUAUUCCAAUAAUAGCACUUUCAUUUGUUUAUCAGAAUGUAGUGCCUGUGAUUUGUACAAAUCUUGAAGGGAACCUAUCAAAAGUCAGGAGCGCUAUUGUCCUGGGCACAGCUAUUCCUCUUGCUUUGUUCCUCGUCUGGAAUGCUGUUAUACUUGGGUCGAUCCCAAGUUUUGGAGCAGACUUUAACAGGAUCACUGAUCCAUUGCAACAACUUCGUAAUAGUAAUGGAGUUGUUGGGCCAGUAGUGGAGGUGUUUUCGCUUCUUGCAAUUGCGACAUCCUACAUUGGUUUUGUGUUAGGCCUCGCUGACUUCCUUGCUGAUUUGCUAGAGCUCCCGUCUGGCGAAAACAGGCCUUUGCCUUACCUGCUUACUUUGUUUCCACCAUUAUUGUUGUCAUUGUAUGACCCUGAAAUAUUCUUCAAAGCAUUGGAUUUUGCUGGGACUUAUGGAGUGUUGGUUUUGUUUGGAAUUUUGCCUGCUGCAAUGUCUUGGUCAGACAUGGAUUCGGACUCUGGGGAAUUACCAAGAAUACCAUCUCUCGUACCUGGCGGAAGGUUUACCCUUUCUGUCGUGAUUGGAGGGGCAGGAUUCGUCAUUCUUUCCGAGUUGCUGCGAAAUUUUGGCAAUGUGCUGCAAUGAUGUUUGUAUGUAUCCAUUUUAUUUGUAAAUCCUACUUCAUUCAUCAGGUUACUUGUAUUAUUAUGUAUUCCAUUUGACUCAUUACUGAAUACUCUAGAGAUUAAAGCCUAAUUAAUAUAUAUACUUAUAAAUAGUUAACUUUCUUCUCUGAAAACUAGCAAAAUAAAAUUAGAUCAAUGUUAUUUUACCUUAUUGGAUUUU